AUGUGUAAACCACAGAAGUACUUAAAUGCUAGUGUAAGAUGUGUGAACGUACACGCGUUUAGAACAUGUUCCCGUCUGUCAGCUUCUCCUCGGCUGUACGGCCUCGGGGCCGCUGUCGGCUGCCAAAUUCACGGCCGGAGACGUGGGCGGCUGGCUGACACCGCUCCGCGCUGCCUAAAGCUGGGCCGGGCCGCCGGGCCGCGUCCCUCACCCCGGCGAGGGGAGGGGACGAGAGGAGCGGAGACCGUGCAGGAGGCAGAGGGAGGCGGGAGGCGGAGGGACGCGGCCGUGCCCGGCACCUGCGCGGCGGGCGGGGCAGGGCCUGGGGCCGCACUGAGAGCGGGGCGCGUCCCGCUCCGGCCCCUCCCGUCCUUCAGCAGCAGUCCGAGCCCCGGCGGUGGAGCGGCGGCGCAACAGGUCUCCGUGAGGCGCGGCCCCGGCCCCGUGCCGCCACCGCGCGCACCCAUGGCCGGCCGCGGCCCCGGCGGCGACCAGGGCUACAUCCGCACCGUGCUGGGCCAGCAGAUACUGGGCGAGCUGGACAGCUCCAGCCUGGCGCUGCCCUCCGAGGCCGGCCUCAAGCUGUCGGGCGGGGAGGAGAAGGCGCUUCGGAUCCACCGGCAGGUCCAGCAGACGCUGGCCAGGAAGAGCCGAGGCUCGCUGCACAACGGCAGUUUACACCGUGCUUCCAGUGUCCCAGAACGUGUCUAUAACAUGGGGAUUGUUGAAAAUGAUUUUUCACCAAGAUCUCAGUAUGGUUUCUCAUAUUAUCAGUCAAACCAGGUUGCGUCGCCAUCCUCUUACACAAAUGGCUGGGGGACAAGAACUGCUUACAGGGCAAUGGAAGAAAGAGCUCAAAGACAACCUCUGAGGAGAUUAGAGGUUUCACCCCAGCGAGGUCCCAAAAGAUUGGCAUAUGUGUCCAAUGAUUUUCACUAUGACAGAGUGUUUUCAACUGGAUUCUCCCCACGGCAUGGAAAUUACAGGAGAUCCAAUGGGACUGUCCCAAGAUAUGCUAGGUCUGAGAUUGUUGGUUACACAAUUCGUGAUACAGUGAGCAAGGGAAACUCUCUUAAAAGACACUCCCAUUUGGGGGCUAUUACUGACACCAUCCCUGAUAGUGUCCCUCUUAGCCCCCCUGUACAGAGGUACCAUCAAGCAGGCAACAGUCGCAGUAUGACCAACCUUUUAGAAAAAGAAAACUACCUGACUUCAGGCAGUGCUAUGGGACAAGUGAGAUCACCAACUGCUUCCCAUUUUGGAUCUCAGAACAGGCAAUCUUUAAGGUCCAGCUGGCACCAAACUACUCUCAGAAGCACACAGACCAGGAGGGAAGCUUCCCAGCCAGCUUCAGUAAUCACUGUUGCUGCAGAACCAGAUGGUAAGAGGAUGACACUGACAGCCGCUAUGGCAGCAGCGGGGAGAAACAGUUUCCUGCAGAGUGAACAAGCCACUAUCAAUGGAUCUCAGCUAGGGAGCCCAGAAGUAGAGAUGACUCUAGAGCGUGCAGUGAGCAUCUUGAAGAGUGAAAAUACACAGUCAACACCUAGGAUACUUGCUGCAGUGACUUUCAUACAGCACGAAUGCUUCCAGAAAGCAGAAGCCAGAAGAAAAGUUUUCUCCCUUGGUGGUAUCCCCAAACUUAUACAGCUUCUUGAUGUUCAGAACGAGGAUAUUCAGCGAGCAGUGUGUGGUGCUUUGAGAAACUUGGUGUUUGAAGACAAUGACAACAAACUGGAAGUGUCAGAGCAGAAAGGGAUCCCUGUCUUGCUCCAUUUACUCCAGUAUACCAAGGAUGUAGAAACUAAAAAGCAAAUAACAGGUUUGUUGUGGAAUUUGUCUUCCAAUGACCAGCUGAAGCACCUGUUGGUUAAAGAAGCCCUACAUAUCCUGACAGAAGCUGUUCUCAUCCCUUGCUCUGGCUGGCCAGAUCGAGAUUACCCCAAGUCAAGUGUUUUACCUGACCCUGAUAUCUUCUACAAUGCCACAGGAUGCCUGAGAAACAUGAGCUCUGCUGGCCCAGAAGCAAGGAAAAAGAUGAGAGAGUGUGACGGUCUGAUUGAUUCUCUUGUGUAUUAUAUUCAAGGAGCUAUUGCAGACCACGAGCCUAAUGACAAGGCCACAGAAAACUGUGUGUGCAUUCUUCACAAUCUUUCCUACCAACUAGAGGUAGAACUUCCUGAAAACUAUGCCCAGAGCAUCUAUGUACAAAGAAGAAAUAUUUCUACCAAUGAUAGAACACCAGGCUGUUUUGGAACACGGAGCAGAAAAGUGAAAGAGAAGCAGCAGGACACCCCGCUACCCGAGGAAAAGAGCAAUCCCAGAGGUGUGGAAUCACUCUGGCAUUCCACACUGAUUAGAAUAUAUCUCUCCUUGAUAGCAAAGAGUACCAGAAACUAUACCCAGGAAGCAUCCCUGGGAGCUCUUCAGAACCUCACAGCUGGUACUGGACCAAUGCCGUUUUCAGUGGCCCAGACUGUUGUUCGGAAGGCAAAUGGCCUUCCAAGUAUUCGAAAUAUGCUGCAUGUAAGCCACCCAGCAGUAAAGAAGACAGCAGUCUCGCUGCUCAGGAACUUGUCUCGCAACACCUCCCUGCAAAAUGACAUAGCUAGAGAAGUUUUGCCAGAUUUGGUCUCGAUACUUCCUGACUACGUCCCAGGGUCUGAUAUUGCUUGUGAAACCACAGCUUCAGUCUGCUACACCUUAUACAAUUUGACACAGAGCAGUUCUCACAAUGCACGGCUUCUCCUAAAUUCUGGUGGCCUGCCAAAGAUCAUUGCCAUCAGCAUGAACGACAGUAACAUGUUCAGCAAAGCUAGUAAGGCUGCUUCAGUCCUCCUCUACUUCUUGUGGUCACAUACUGAUCUCCACAAUGCUUACAAAAAGGCUGAUUUUAAGAAGACAGAUUUUGUCAAUACCCGGACCACAAAAGCCUAUAACUCACUUAGAGAUUGAAUCAGAUCGUAACAUCACAGAAGACAUAUAUUGAUUAGUGUAACUGUUCUCAUGCGGCUGGUAUUCCUGUGAAUCGAGAGUAUCUUGGAAAAAAGAGGCUGAUUUGUAGACUUGAAUGACUUGUGAUAGCUGUCCUGUGUUUGUAAUUUUCACCACAUUGUUGUCACCAUAGAUCAGUAUAUGAAUAACCAAAAAUGGAUUCCUCGGGACAUUUGAGGUGACAUUUCAUCUAGGUUUACCACUACUCGGAGUUUCAGAAGACUGCCUUUAGUCUAGCAGACAUUUAUACACAGAGGUUUAAAAUGCUGAUUGGCAGCAAAUACUUUUCAGAAUGUUUUAUACAGGUUGUUUUCAACAGAGGGUAAGCAUCAAUUGCACUGCUCAGGACACAGUAAUUUUUCACCCUUUUGUUUUUUCACAUAUGCUAAAUGAGAAUCUCCAGACCCUGUGAGUAUGCACAAGAAGCUGUUUCACUACCUGCAUUAUAAAAGCACUAAGGGAGUUAAAAUGAGUAUUUUUAUAUUACUUGUAUUCAUGUGCUCACUGGUUCUUAAGCCUCUUUCUUUCGAGAUCUCAUUAGCAACAGCAAUAAAAUUGAUUUUACAUAGAUCUGGUUA